UUAUUUUUUUUUCCUACACAUACAUCAUUUUAUCAUUCGUUAGACGUGCCACAAAUUACGAUCUCUAUCAUUGUUGAUCUACACUUCUAUUAAUCUCCAAAUUAGUCCGAAAGCGGGGAUACUUACAGGCUCGAGAUGAGUAGUGUUAAUGUUUAUAGUAUCAUCAAUGUAACACUACUCAUGAUUGUUGUUUCAUUGCCUCUAGACGUAUCAUCAUAUGCGUUACCGCCCUCUUAUCAUUUUAGACAUCUUUUUUAUCGGCGUCUACAAACCAACGUACACGCCUCUCCUUCUCCUAAACCUUCUCACAGUGGGUUAAAUUUUCAUUGUAAUACAGCAUCAAGAACUUGCCAGGUGAACAACUUGACUGCCUGCUUGUCAACCUAUUCUCAAAGUGGUGAACAUUAUUCUUCCCGUGUAGGCCCUCAUGAAGAAAUGGGCCUCUAUGUCCAGAACAACGGUGAAAAUCCUCUGCAUGUAAAAGUUACCAUCCUUCCUGCUAAAGACACAAUUGAAGAGUUGGAUUUACCAAGCCACCAAAUGCAGAAAAUCAGUAUUUCUUCAGAAGUCGACGUAAGUUCAGCAAUAGCAUUGGAAUCUAGCAAUGGUGAUUGUGUAAUAGAUGCUGCUGCUGCAGCUCCAGCACCAGAUAACCACUACCAGAAAAAUUCUUUUAGUGGCACCUACAUAACCCCAAUCAAUGGUGCAUACCUAGGAAUCGUACUAAUUCUGAUAGGAGGAGGUUUGACUUGUUACAAAAAGAGGAUUCGAGGUAGGCACCUUGAUGGAAUUGCAUACCAUGAACUUGAAAUGGGCGAUUCCACGGCCAUGAAUGUGGAAACAAAUCAAAAAGAAAAUUGGGAUCAAGAUUGGGACGAUGAAUGGGGUGACGAAAAACCCACCAAAGCUGAUGGUGAUAAUCUUAUUGUAGUUGAACAAGUAAAUGGUUUGGCUACAAGAUCACCAAAACCUAACGGAAAGAGAAAGGAAUGGAAUGAUUAGUAGUUCAACAGAUUUACAUAAAGUUAAGGACAGCUUUUUGCAUAUUUUAGAAACAUUACUAGCUUGGUCAACAUGUAAAAUUUUUUACAAAGUGUAAGAAAGUUUUAUAGCAGAUGACAAAGGAUCUGGUUUGUCA